UCUAGUAGUAUUUGAGUUAAUCAGGGGUUGAGGAUUUUCAUUUAUUUGUUUAUUUAUUUAUUUAUCUAUCUAUUUAUUUAUUUAUUCAUUCAUUUAUUUAUUUAUUCAUUUAUUUAUUUGUUUAUUUAUUUAUUCAUUCUUUUGGAGAAGUUUUUAUCAUGGAAGUAGGAACAGAGAUGAAAAUUCCGAGGGCAGGAGCUACAGUUCCCAGAAGCUUCCUCAGGACUGGGAAAAGACGUGGAUACAUGAGGACAGUCUCUGGGAAGAAGAAAGACUUCUACUUCAGUUACAUUGCUAAAAUCCUGAAGCAAGUCCAUCAGGAUUUCAGUGGGUACAGCUGGGUCUUGGAUGCCCUGUGGUCACUGGAUUACUAUCUGUUUGAACAGGCUACCUUAGAGGCAGUAAGGCUGUCCUUCUAUAAUCACAGGAGAGUGGUCACCAGCAGAGAAAUGCUUGAGGCAUUGAAUAAGGUGCCUCUGGAAGGAUGGAUGUAAGACCUGCUCUGAGAGCUCACAUCCCUGUGGAUAGUUAUUAUUAUUAUUAUAAUAAAGCACAUUAAAAUUU